UCUAUUCUAUUGUCAGCAAAAAUGAGACAGCCGAUCACAGCGCAGCAGAUAAAGGAGCUCGCCGUUCAGCUAGAUCCUUCUACUCGACUGCUCACUGCCGCAGAUGGCGAUGAAUACGAAAGAUUAAUUGCCCGAUGGGCAGAUAACGCUGUAAAACGUGCAGGUGCUGUCUCUGUGCCUGUUUCAUAUGAAGAAGUAUCCAAGCUGGUCAAAUUCGCAUCUGAUAACAAGCUUGAUCUUGCCGUGAGAGGAGGUGGCCAUUCCACGGGAGGAACCAGCUCCACCGAAGGCGGGCUCACCAUUGAUCUCUCGGGAAUGCGUGCCGUGAAGGUUGACAAAGACUCGAAAUUGAUCGUUGCUCAAGGCGGUGCCCUCUGGGAAGACGUCGACAAUGCCGCAAUUGAAAAAGGCCUGGCAACAGUAGGCGGGACUGUGAAUCAUACAGGCAUUGGUGGCUUAACGUUAGGUGGCGGCAUGGGCUGGCUCUCAGGCUUAUACGGCACUGUUGUUGAUAAUCUCGUCGCAGCUAAAGUUGUCGUUGCUGACGGACGCAUCCUUUCUGUCUCAGAAAAUGAGAAUGCUGAUCUAUUCUGGGCGAUACGCGGAGCAGGCCACAACUUUGGUGUCGCAGUUGAAUUCACCCUUCGAGGAUAUGACCAACCAAAUGAAAUUUACGCCGGUGGCGUGGUGUUUACUCCUGAUAAGCUAGUCCCUCUCGUGGAAGGAUUUAAUACCAGGAUGAAGAAUUCAGAUCCCAAAGGUGCGGGCAUCCUCAUCUUUGCAAAGCCCCCUGGCAUGCCUGUUGCGGUGGUUGUGGUCAAUGUAUUCUAUAACGGCGAUGAAGCUGCGGCACGGGAAUAUUUCAAAUUUCUCUUCGAUUUACAGCCUGUCGCCAUCACCGCAAAGAUGAUGCCCUAUAACCAUCUUAAUACGCUAUUGAAUCCGAUGGCUACGCAUGGUCGCCGCAAAGCUUUGAAAGCAGUCACGGUUACGGACCACAUCGAUGUCGCGUUCGUUCAGGAACUCUACAACGACUAUGCACAGCAAGUAGAGAAAAAUCCCGACAUGUCCGCGUCGUUUUUGGGCAUAGAGAUUCAUGACACAACCAAAAUGCAAAGCGUACCUUUGGAAGCGAUGGCGUUUUCUAACCGAGGGUCUUAUAGACCCGGUAUUGUCGGCUUGGAAUGGACUGAUCCUCUGAUGGAUGAGGAAAACAGAGCCUGGGGUCGAAUGAUUCAGGCCAAGUGCCGACAAGCUGUUAUCGACAGCAAGGAGUUUUCUGGGGAUACCAAGACCUCGUUGGAAUAUGCCAACUAUGUUGAACCUGGCGAUCUUAUUACUGAUAAGCCAUUUGGUGGCAAUCAACAACGACUGGCUAUAUUGAAACACAAAUAUGACCCCGAUGUCAUGUUUAACAAAACAAGCCCUAUUACGCCACUGCGCGCCGAAGCCAACUGAAAGUCAGCAUUAUAUGACACGAUUCCUUGUUAUGUUUAGCAUUCGUUUAACGAAGAAAAGCUUGCAUCUCUAUAUGUAACAGACGAUUCAUAUAUUCCAAUACACCAAUGUAUUGCUAUUUGGGACAUUCGAAGACCUUUUACUACGAUAUGCGCUAUGAACUAUCCAGUAUUUCCAGUAUUAUGAACAAUCUCUUCAUGAAAACAACAUAAUAUUUAG